AGUCGACGUCCGGCCGCAGCUCGGGCGCCUCUGUUUCCAUCAGCCCUACCUCUGACUUUAAUUUAACAUAUGUGUAUUUUUUUAAAGGAAGUUAAUAACCAGGAAGGUAUAUGAAGACAUAAGUUAUAUUUGAAGACAAAGACUACGAUGGCCUCGCCGUUGAAAGUGUGUAUAGUCGGCUCAGGCAACUGGGGCUCCGCCAUAGCGAGGAUCAUAGGGGGGAACGCCAGGUCCCUGGAGCGCUUCGCCACCACGGUCAAGAUGUGGGUGUUUGAGGAGAACGUCAACGGCAGGAAGCUCUCUGACAUCAUCAACACAGAGCACGAGAACGUCAAGUACCUGCCGGGUUUCAAGCUGCCAGAGAACGUGGUUGCCGUGCCGACACUGAGUGAUGCUGCGGAGGGGGCGGACCUGCUGGUGUUCGUGGUUCCCCACCAGUUCAUCAGGAACCUGUGUGAUCAGAUGGUGGGCUGCGUGUCGGCCAGGGCCCGAGGAAUCACACUUAUCAAGGGGAUAGACGAGGGUCCUGACGGGCUGAAGCUGAUCUCUGAUAUCAUCAGGGAGAAGAUGGGCCUCGACGUCAGCGUCCUCAUGGGCGCCAACAUUGCCAACGAGGUGGCGGCCGAGAAGUUCUGCGAGACCACCAUUGGCAGUAAGGUCCUUGAGAAUGGCCUGCUGUUUAAGGAGCUCCUUCAGACGCCCAACUUCCGCAUCACGGUGGUGGAUGAUGCAGACACAGUGGAGCUCUGUGGGGCACUGAAGAACAUCGUGGCGGUGGGAGCAGGCAUCUGCGACGGGCUGAGCUGCGGGGACAACACCAAGGCCGCCGUGAUCCGCCUGGGCCUGAUGGAGAUGAUCGCCUUCGCCAAGCUGUUCUCCAAGGACGCGGACGCCGUCUCCUCCGCCACCUUCCUGGAGAGCUGUGGCGUGGCCGACCUCAUCACAACCUGCUACGGCGGCCGCAACCGCCGCGUCGCAGAGGCCUUCGCCAAGACCGGGAAGAGCAUAGAGGAGCUGGAGAAAGAGAUGCUGAACGGGCAGAAGCUCCAGGGGCCGGCCACGUCCACCGAGGUGUACCACAUCCUUCAGCAGAAAGGCCUGGUGGACAAGUUCCCGCUGUUCACGGCCGUGUAUCAGAUCUGCUUCGAGGGAAGGGCCGUGGGGGAGAUGAUCUCCUGUCUGCAGAGCCACCCAGAGCACCUGUAGGGGACCUGAGGCCCCAGGGAGCCCCGCGUGCCACAGUCUGAUUAACAGAUCCAUGGCGGCGGCUCUUUGUACAAAAUAACACAACCCGUAAUUGUAGCACUUGUUACCUCUGUUUUGUAUUUUUUUUUCCGGUGACUACGUUCAAUAAGCUUACCUUUCCAGUUAAAAAACGCAAAACAUUCACAUUUCAAUGAUCAAUCAUGAUACAUUGAAGUCAAUGGCGGGAAUAUUAACAUUUAGACCAAUUACAGUUGCAAAAACAUUUGAAAGGUCUUUAUUUUUGUAAGAAAUUUGAUCUAUUUUACUUUCCUCUUACUGAUACGAUACAAAGCAGCUUUAGAGACUAACAACACGACACAGAACCCGUACGGUGUCCUGUCCACUCUGCGUCAGGCUGGACAGACUGCACACCUAACACUGCCAAUUUUGUUUACAUGGAGUAACGGUUGCACUUGUGGUAUUAUCAGUAUAAUUACUGGCUUGUAUUCUCUUUUGGGUAGUUUUCCUCAACCAAAGCCAAAAGUGAAAGGCUUUAAUGAAAGUGUUUUGAUACAAGUUAUCAUAUCAAGCCUUCCCAUCCUUGUAUUGUAUCACUUCCUUAUAAAUUCAGAUGGAAACGGAUCGUCUGAGGAUAAUCCCAUAAUAAUGUUAAUAAUGAUAAUCCCAAUACAGGAUCCUAUGUCCGGCUAAAAUGGAGAACGAGGCAUUACUUGGAGACAGGAUAAAAAAAUGUCUUUGAGCAGAUUAACUGCUAUUUAUUUGGUGAUUGACAUUGGUAUGUCAAAUCGCUAUUAGUCUUUGAGUAUUGUGUUUUACCAAAUACAUCCCCAUGACUUUAUUCCUUCCUCCUUGUUUACAUCAUUAUUGUCUUGAAGACAAACUGCCCCAAAUCUAACUAUCGAUUGGCGUUCAGGGACGAACGUCGUUCCUUGAGAAUAGGUCCAUCUCAGGCUUAACAGCGCUACCUUGUGGCACAUAUAAGGUUAUGACAUGUGUCGCGUAUAUAGCAAUAUAACUACUCAGCAACACCUGGCUGAACCUCCCACAAUAAUGCUAAAAGUUGCAAUACGGCAACAGCCUUGUAAUCAGUUAGUUAUUGUAUUGACUUUGUGUAAAGAAAGCAACACAUUCUUAUGCUGUGACCAUUUUUCAAACUUAUUUCCUGCUACAGGGUGGCCAUGUGUAGUUAGAAUUAUUGUCUACCAACAACAAUAUGUCCCUGAUCCCUUUCAGUGCUGUAGUGAUGAGGCCAUCCCUUUUGCUCAGUGGAUGUCGAUAUACCAUAGAUUUAGGUCUUUCUUUCUUACGGGUACAUCAUGUUUAGCUACAACUGCCACUCAGGUGACCAUCUUACUUGCUCCUUCAGCUUUUUAACUUGUGUAAUGGCAAACCACAGAACCUAACAUUAUAUUUGGGCUGUUUUAAGUACGGUUUGUCUUAAAACAAACCAUUUAAUUUUGGUCCCAAUUUUUUCUGACGGGAUUUAAUCCUCCAAAAAAAAGAAUACGAUAAAUAUUCCUAUAUGGCUUUCAGAUACUGGUCUUUGAUACUUAAUUUUAGAUUAUGGGCUGACUAAAAUAGUGAAAAUCUGGUUGACAAUAGAUAAACGCCCCAUAGUUGAGUCACGAAGUAACGGGAUGCUUAAAGCCCAAUCAAACAUGGUGUUCUGAACAAUGCAUUUGAUUUUCUACCAUUAUAAUUAAAGCCAAAGUUCAAAGACAGUUGACUUUCACAUUUUUUUCUGUAGGGAAUACAUGCUCGAUAUUGGUAUAUUAUACCUGGAGAAUGAUAUUAUAUAGGCAUAUUACAUGUAGUUCAUGUCCAUUCUAUUUGUGUAGGAUAUACUACGCCUUCAGACUAGUCACACUCUUUUCUUUAUAUAUUUGUAAUAAAUGUUUUUGAUCUUUUCUAAUUAUCUUCAAAAAGUACGCAGGCGAUAGCAGUUGAAUAAAAACAAGAUGUUUAAUACAUCAUCCAAAUGGUUCACUAUUAAAACUCUGAAGCUACAAAACAAAAGCACAUCGAUGUAAAAAAAAUAAUGAAAAACACGUGCAGACAUGAAUGCAUUGCUUUAACACAAACGCUUUAAAUUUAAGAGCUCCAUCAUUGAAGCUAUAAUAUCCAUACAUUCAACAAAAUGAUGAAUGUAUCCAUUUAUGAAUAAACACCCAACAAUACUCAAGACGAGUUGCAAACCUCAUGGCAAGUUCUCCCCACACUUAGGAUGAAACAACAUUCACAGGACACUUACUGAAAUACACAUCGCAAUAAACACAUUUUGAACAGGGAACUCAUAAGGUUUUUUUUUGUUUUGUUGAACACCACAGUGAAUCAACACUGUUUGAAUAAACUUUUGUUCAGUCAUCCAGAUAGGGGGAAAAUAGAAAAUUGUAGUUUUUUUUCCCAGAUUUAUAUCAUCGUCAAAAGAGGUUCACCAUGAAUAAAUAAAAACUUGCGUUCGUCUUGAGUCUAUAAACAGUUAGCCAUCGUCUUCCUCCUCAUCUCCCCCAAAUGACAGAAGACUGUUAUUUUUCACUUUUCUCUCCUUCUUGUCCUCCCUCUUCUCCUUCUUCUCCUCUUUCUUCUCCUUCUCCUCUUUCUUCUCCUUCUCCUCCUUCUCCUCCUUUUCCUCCUCCUCUUCCUCCUCCUCUUUCUUGUCCUCCUUCUCCCCCAUGGCACUCUUCUUCUUUUUGCUGGAGCUGGCUGUGAUGCCCUGGUACUUAUCCGUGGAGGAGCGCUUGGCCGGCUUCUUGAACACGAUUUUACC